AAUUUAAGAGAAAAUAUUUUAUUAAAUUUUUUUUUUUUGAGAGAGAUACUGAGGAGAAAUUUAUAAAAGAGAUUUAAGUUUUAUGGAGAGCACGUGGUAAUUUAGUGGUUAUUUUUGUGUAAUCAUGAAGUUUGCAUAUAAGUUUGGAAAUUUGCUGAGCACAGUUUACCGCAAAGGUAAUUUAUUAUUCGCUAAUGAUGGAUCAUCUUUAAUAAGCCCCGUAGGAAAUCGAAUCAGUGUUUAUGAUUUAAAAAAUCACAAGUCAUCGACAUUGCCAGUAGAGAGCCGAUAUAAUUACACGGCAAUUGAUUUAUCACCAAAUGGAUAUAUUUUGGUGGCUGUUAAUGAAGAGGGUGAGGCGCAUGUUAUCAGUAUGAUCAGUAAGAUGAUAAUUCACAAGUACCGAUUUAAAAAACCAGUCAGCUGUAUUAAAUUUUCACCGGAUGGAAAGUAUCUUGCUGUUUGCAAGCAAAAUAAUGUGUUCAUCUUUAGUGCGCCUGGCCUUCAAACAGAUUCCUACAAUCCGUUUGAAAUGAAGCGAGUUUUCCACAGCGCAGUGGACGAGACCACGACCCUAAGCUGGUCUUGGGACUCUCGGUUCCUAUUAGUAGGUUCCAAGGACACUUUUACAAAACUCUACUCUCUGGAAAAGUUCGCUAACUUCCGGUACUGCAACAUCGGCGGUCACAGCGACGAGAUCAUUUAUGUAAGCUUCGACGCUUCUGGGAGUUACGAUUUAUUCACUCUGGCAAAAAACGGGCACUUGUGUCUCUGGGAAGCUUCAUUGGAUCCGCAGGAUCUUAAGCCUUUUGUUCCUAAGAAGGUCAAGAGGGAAGACAGCGAGUCUGAGGACGACAUCGACCUUGAGAAUGCGAUCGAGCAUACUAAAGCUUCGAAAAAAUUUGCAAAAAAUUCUAAAAUUUGUGCGGAAGAUCCGCAGGAUCCGCACAAUCCGCAGGCCCUGGAAGAUCCACAUGUCCUAAAAAAUCAACAGGUUACACCUGAUCCGCAGAAGCCACACGAUCCGCAGGAACCUCUAAAAUUCUUCUUUAAAUUAACUUCCAGACACUACCUUGCGGACGAAGCUAAAGCACAGAAAAAAGACAAUUCCGCAGUAGCCGCAUCAACGGCUUCCUACCAUGCCGCCUCAAAAAUCCUCGUCGUAGGCUUUAGCACCGGGUCUUUCUUCCUCUACGAAAUGCCAGAGGUUAAUUUAAUCCACUCGCUGUCCGUCUCGAACAAUUCUUUGUCCACUGUCACCUUCAACCCCUCUGGGGACUGGAUCGCCCUUGGCUCCAGCCUCCUGGGGCAACUCCUCGUCUGGGAGUGGCAAAGUGAGACUUAUGUUCUUAAACAACAAGGACACGCUCAUGAUAUGACUUGUCUGGCUUACAGUGGAGAUGGAUUGUGGAUUGUUACUGGAGGGGAUGAUGGAAAGGUCAAGCUUUGGAACACCACCACUGGAUUUUGUGUCGCUACUUUCUCGGAACACUGUUCCAGGGUCACGGAGGUCAUUUUUAGCAAUGAUAGGAAGUUUGUCGCUUCUGCUUCGUUGGAUGGAACUGUCAGGGCGCAUGAUCUUACAAGAUACCGUAACUUCAAGACCUUAACAUCCCCCCGCCCAGUCCAGUUCUCCUGCUUAGCUCUGGACUCUUCGAACGAGUUCAUCGCCGCAGGAGGCCAGGACUACUUCGACAUCUACCUGUGGAGCAUGAAACUCGGCACCUUACUCGAGGUUCUCUCCGGACACACUGGACCAGUGUCCAGCUUAGCAUUCACCAGCAGCCCGGGGAGCAGCAGCAUGGCGUCAGUAUCCUGGGAUAAAACUCUAAAACUCUGGAACGCAAUUGAGAACAAUUCCGAGCACGAGACGAUAAACUUAACCUCCGACGGUCUGGCAGUGAUCUACAAGCCCGACGGUAAAGAAGUCGCAGUGUCUACGCUAGAUGGCGCAAUAAGUUUCUUCGACGUCAAGACUUCGUUGCAAACGGGCUCGAUAGAGGGCAGGAAUGAUUUAGGCGCUGGAAGAUCAGAGACUGAUUUAAUAACAGCUAAAAAAAACCUCGCGGGAAAAGCUUUUACUUCUUUGUGCUACUCUGCGGAUGGUCAGUGCAUCCUGGCAGGUGGCGCUAGUAAGAACGUCUGCAUUUACGACGUAAGGGAACAAGUUUUGGUUAAGAAGUUCGAAAUUACGCAAAAUAGGUCCCUAGACGCGGUGGACGAUUUUAUAAACCGGAGGAAGAUCACCGAGUUUGGAAACCUCGCGUUAGUUGAUGAACGACAAGAUGGCGUCAAUAUCAAGCUCCCGGGAGUCAAGAGUGGGGAUAUGGCUAGCAGAGCAACCAAACCUGAGGUUAGAGUCUUCCAGCUUCAGUUCUCACCCACCGGGCUAGCUUGGGCCGCUGCGACGACAGAGGGCCUUCUGAUCUUCAAAGUCGACUCCGGGGACAUGUUCGAUCCCUUUAUGUUGGAGAUCAACAUCACUCCCGAGGCAGUCAGGGAAAAGGUUGAGGAUCAAGAAUUUUCCCAAGCGCUCAUGAUGGCUCUUAGGUUGAAUGAGAAGGACAUCAUUCGGUUUGUUGUAGAAGCUGUGCCUGUUGAUGAUGUGGAACUGACUGUUACGUCACUACCGGAAGUCUACAUCGACCGGUUAUUGAAAUUCGUUGGUGUUGAAUUGGAGAGGACGAGGCAUAUUCAUUUUUAUUUGAUAUUCGCGGAAAUUAUUCUGGGUAAAUGUAGACAUAAAUUGUCACCGUUACAACUCACGUCAUUGUUGACUCUUCAGAAAAAUAUGCAGCAGAAGUAUGACGAUCUCAGUAAAAUAUGUGACUUCAAUAAAUAUACAACCGACUAUAUAAUAAGAACAGCGAAGCUUAAAUCGAAGCCUACAGAUGAUUCCGACAAUGAGUCCGAUAGUUCAAUGACUCUCAUGAAAAUGGAUGAAGAUUAAGAUUAAACCCAUUAUUAUAAUUAAAUUAAUUAUUUCUUGUAAAUAUACUUUAUCAAUACAAAAUCUUUUUUUAAA